AUGAUUCCUGUGGGUCGAAUUAGAUGCCUUUACAGUACUAUGGUUAAGAGCUGGGUUGAAUCAGAGAUAUUGGUGGACCGCAAGUCUAAGUUCCAGGCAAGAUGCUGUACUAUGAAGAAUUCUGAUGAGGUUCCAUUACUGCUGCAAGAUCUGGUAGAUGGAAACAAGUCAAUUGCUAAGGCCAGUCAUCCGCACAUGUAUGCCUGGAGAACUGGUGAAGCCGUAGCUUCUGUAGAUUCUGACAAGACCAAAGGUAGUGGUAAGAAAUCGAAGAAGAAUAAAGACAUAUCCUCUAACUCGUCUCAGCCAUCGUGGAAAAAUGUUCAACAAGGUUGUCAAGAUGGUGGGGAAUCUGGUGCGGGUCAAAGACUCUUAACUUUGCUCGAAAGAGCUCAAGUGUUUAAUGUAUUAGUGGUAGUAACAAGAUGGUAUGGUGGUACGCCAUUAGGCUCAGCAAGAUUUCGUCACAUUACAUCAACUGCAUCAGAAUGUUUGAAAAAGAGUGGAUUUCUUUAG